AUGAUCGAAUCUACCCAGGGCGACUGCUAUGCAGCGCUCAUCUCGCUCUCGCUCGCGUCUCAUUUCGUGCUCGUCCCCGUGGCUCUCCAGCUCAUCACGUCGGCCUCUACCAUCGUUUACAUUGGCUCGACGCUCUCGCUGAGGCUUCAGCACGCGCGUGUCGCCAGUGGCGAGAAGAACGAGAAGCGUGAAGGCUGA